GCUGCUCUUAAAGGAGACGCAUCCCAAACGGGCCUAUACUCGGUUUAAGAAAUAUGAGGUUUGCUAUAGCUUUAAGAGGUAGAUAAUGUUAAAUGUUUCUAGUAUUAAAUUAUCAUUCAACGUUAACUUUGUUAUAUUAAUAAGCGAGUUUUUGAAAUGCUUGCUUAAGUCACUACGACUCAACAUUACCAUUACUCUUGACUGAGCUAACAUAACUUGGUCCCAAAAGGGCCUUCAAUGUUACGUUGGUAUUACAUGUCCUAUGUUCAUAAUUAACGUUACGUCAACUAACGCCAAUUACAAAAGUCUGUAAGGGUCAUAACAGUUAAAUAUGAGCAGCAUGGGCUCGGAGGAAGACGAGGUUUCGGGUAUUCGUCCUGGGAUUGAGAAAACCGGAGACUCAACGGAGGCCGCCCAACCAUCCUCGGACUCUACUGAAUUGUCAAGCGGGAGAAGAGGAAGUAAAAGGCUAGUGAAAACCACAGUGACCUCUCCGGAAUCCGGUGACUCUGGGUCGGGUGUUCGAGUUUUGCGAGCCAGGGGAGUUGGAGCUGGCAGGACUAAAGUUAUGAAUUCCACGAAUGCCACUUACAGGCAAACACCUAACGUUAAGAGUAUGCACCGUGGACGUGGGAGACCUGUGGGAUCACGCUCCAAAAACACACAACCAGCGGUGAAGAAAUCCACAGCCAAAAAUGCAUCCAAACGCACUCUUGGAUCAAAGCCGUCCAAAUCUAGAGUAUGCAAAGGAAGACCUCCAACCCAAGCCUCUCGCACCACACCAGCAACAUGCAAACCUGAAGCGGAGAUGGAGGCUGGAGAGGAAACGGGUUCUUUGAAAGGAAGCAAUGACAACAUUGCAGAUCCAGAUGCAGCUCUUGACGAGGACCCUCCAUUCAGAGAUGACCCCAAUGACCUCAUCUAUAAACCCGAGACAAAGACGGAAAAACCAAGGCGGAAUACAACGUUAAAACAAAAGGAAGUCAAGAAAGAGGAGUCAGAAAAGGAGGAAGAAGAAGAUGACAUUAAAAAGGAAGAAUCAACAGAGAUUGUUGUGCAGAGUGAAGAUGGCGCGGGUUAUAACACACGGCCACCCAAGAGAGGCCGACAACAAAAAGAUGACAAAGGCCCUCGGCUGCCAAAACAAAGGAAGAAGCCCCCAGUGCAGUACGUCCGCUGCGAAAUUGAGGGCUGUGGUACUGUCUUGGCCCACCCACGUUACCUACAGCACCAUAUCAAAUACCAGCACUUGCUUAAAAAGAAGUAUGUGUGUGAUCACCCCUCGUGUGGGCGAUUGUUUCGUCUGCAGAAGCAGCUGUUGCGCCAUGCAAAACAUCAUACAGAUCAAAGGGACUACAUCUGUGAGUAUUGUGCUCGUGCCUUCAAGAGCUCCCAUAACCUGGCUGUGCACAGGAUGAUUCACACAGGAGAAAAGCCAAUCCAAUGUGAGAUCUGCGGCUUCACCUGCCGUCAGAAGGCCUCCUUAAACUGGCACAUGAAGAAGCACGAUGCAGAAUCCUCCUACCAGUUUUCUUGCUCCAUUUGUAGCAAAAGGUUUGAGAAAAAGGACUCCGUUGUUGCACACAAGGCCAAGAGCCACCCUGAGGUGCUCAUAGCUGAAGCCCUGGCAGCUAAUGGGGGCUCAGUAAUAUGCAGUCCCGCCCUGAUCCCAGAGACUCUCCCAGUGCUCACCCAGCCCAACCAACCCUCUGUCAGCCAGGAGAAUCAGGAAGUAGUGAAUAGUACGCUCACUCCACUACAGCAGGUGGGGCUCCUGCUCCCCCCACAGACGCAGAUAGAUGUAUCUCUGGGCCAGUUUUUCCAACUGCCCACGCACCAAGUGGUGCAGGUGGCACAUCAGCAGCAAGCCCCCACCUUGCUGCACCUCACGGCUGCUACUCCUACUAACUUAUCCAGCAUCAGCCACCCCCAGCUCAUCCAGCUCUCCACCCAUCCUGCCAGCACCAUCACGUCCAUGACCGUCGCGGACCCUCGGAGCACCCUGCUCACCCUGAGCUCCGUCACCACACUGGCCUCCACAGCCUCCCUGGCUUCCCAGCAGGCUAUGCAGUGGGGCAGGGAGACCGAUGAGGACGAACAGUUACCAGGGGAGGGUGAGCUGUGGGACAGGGUGGUGGUGGGUGGCGCUCAUCAGGAUGUCGGGGAAAUUAUGUGGGAGAGUAACGAGGAAAGAAGGAAGGAAGAUGAGGGGAUUGAAUGGGAGAGGGAAGGAGGGAAACAGAUUCUUUUACAGUGUGCCGAGGUUCAUGGAGACAGUUUAAUGUAGAUAAAAGGCCACGAAAUGAUCUUAGCAGGAACUUUAUGCACAGGGAAGUUUUGAUUUAAGAAAGGAACAAAAGACUGAAGGACAUGUCAAGACUUAAAGCUGACAUUAUAAAUAUUUUAAAUUAUAGACUUUAUCUCCAUGGAGUGUAACACAGCAGUUAUACAAAGUACGUGGCUACACAGAGCUACUUAUAUCAGGGAGUAUGAUUUAUUAUGUUAUAGAUUACAUACACUUCUUUUACCACUUACUGAAUAUUUUGUGACUCUUGUGUUUGUAUAUGUGUGUGUGUGUUACAUCAUUUCUAGAGAUUAAAAAGACUGCAAGAUGAUAGUACAUAUUGUACAAAAAGUAACAAAUGACAUAUAUAUCCCUCAUGUCCAUAUGUGAACGAAUGAAUAAUUUGGUCAACUCUAGUAGUUUUAGUUCAUGAAAACUUACAGAACAAAUUAACUGUGAGCAACAACUAAAACUAAAUAUGGUCUUUGUUGUAAGAUUACAAUAAAAGACAUAUUAAAAAGAAAGAAUACAAUUUUUAGUCUGGGCCUUUAGACAAAUCUACUUUGACGGACAGAAAUCCCAGACAAAAUCUAGACUAAUUUAAUAUAAUAUUUAGAAAUCCUUUGAGAUAUGCCAGAUCUUUUCUUUCACAGCAGACAUUUAGACUUUUUAUAGUAGGACAAGCACAAGUGUCUAAUAUUAUUGAUGACUUCUAUUUAUGUGUCCAAGUCAGUCAUGACAGUGAGCCAGCAUCCUAUGCAACAUGUUAAAAUGUCUUUUGUGGAAAAGGCCCAUAAGAAAAGAUCUAAAAUGCCUUCCUUGUAUUCUCUUUCUUUGUCCUAAGUUGUGCCACUUCCCUUCCAAAUUGAACUGAACCAUCUGAUUGAAUUCGUUACGGAUUGUUGCCUUAAUAUUUUUUCACAGUUAAGACUAUGCAGGCAGGAUAGAAAUAGUUUUUGUCAUCAAUUUUCUUUUUAAACAUUCUUAGAUAAUAAAAUAUACCUCUGUGCACUGCCACUACUACUGACCACUCGUAAUCUUAUGAUCUUAAUUUAUUCGAAAAUGUAUUCAGAUUAAUAAUAAUAAACAAACUGUGUUUUGAAA